AUGGGUGACUCCAAUACCAGCUUCAAGCCGAAGAUCAACAGUACGGCUCAAGACCCAGUACUUAAAUCGGCUGAAAUUGCUUAUAUGAAGUUAAUAGAGCAGAAAAACCGAGAACGCGUACAAAAGUUGCAACAGAUUGCGAAGAAAAACAGAAUCACCGGACUUGCUCUUGGUGGCGGAGUACUGAGUGUGUAUUUGUACUCAAUAUUCGCAGUCAAACAAGAAACCUUCCUCGACGACUUUGAAGAGCCCGUCAAAGUGCAACAGCCCUAAAAUGGCCGCAGCGAAGAAAGCUUUACAGAUAAGAUUACCUCCUCUACCAAGUAUUAAAGACAUUAUUCGGCUGUACAAACUUCGUGCUCUUCGCGAACUGUCUCAGAACUUCCUCAUGGAACCUCGCAUUAUAGACAAAAUAGUCAA